UUAACACCUGAAAAUAGCAGACUUUCUGAAAGCUUAGUGAGGCAGCCACACAGGGGGAUUAAGCCAUUCCACUAGAAGGGCUCAAGAGAAACCAACCAUGGCCAAACUAGUGGAAUGUGUCCCAAAUUUCUCAGAAGGAAGGAAUAAAGAGAUUAUUGAUGCAAUAGCUGCAGCUAUUUCACAGACGGAGGGAUGUCGCCUGCUAGAUGUCGAUCCUGGAGCCUCCACCAACCGCACAGUGUACACCUUUGUGGGUUCACCAGAGGCGGUCAUCGAAGGAGCUCUGAAUGCAGCAAGGGUUGCUUUUAAGAUGAUAGACAUGAGCAAACACAAAGGAGAGCAUCCUCGUAUGGGAGCACUGGAUGUCUGUCCCUUUAUUCCUGUCAGGAACGUAACAAUGGCAGAAUGCAUAUCCUGUGCAAAUAUAUUUGCAGAGAAACUAGCUAAAGAACUGCAUGUUCCAGUUUACCUGUAUGGAGAGGCAGCUCGCAGUGAAAGUCGAAAAGCUCUUCCAGCAGUGAGAGCUGGGGAGUAUGAAGCGCUUCCCACUAAGCUUCAAAAUCCAGAAUGGAGUCCAGAUUUUGGGGAUUCCGUAUUUGUUCCAAGCUGGGGGGCAACUGCAAGUGGUGCUCGUAAAUUUCUUAUUGCAUACAAUAUUAAUUUACUGACUACCAAAGAACUGGCUCAUCGCGUUGCCCUGAACAUCAGAGAAGGAGGUCGUGGGAAAGAUCAGCCUGGUCGUCUGAAAAAAGUGCAGGCUAUUGGAUGGUAUCUUCAGGAGGAAAGCAUGGCACAAGUGUCUGCAAAUUUACUAGAUUAUGAGGUCACUCCACUACAUGUGGUGUAUGAGGAGACCCGCAAGGAUGCCAAGGAGUUGGGCCUUCCAAUAUUUGGUUCGCAAUUGGUUGGUUUGAUCCCCCUUCAAGCCCUGUUGAUGUCUGCAGAGUAUUAUAUUAAAGAGGAAAAUCUCUUCUUGCUGGAAGAAGAGCACAAAAUCCGCUUGGUUAUUAACCGACUAGGACUGGACUCUCUGGCUCCCUUUGAACAUAGGAAAAGAAUAAUUGAGUAUCUUGUACAGGAUACCCUUUCUGGGGCUCUCAUCACACAGACGGUAAAAGAGUUUGUACGCGGUGUGGGUGCACGCACAGCUACGCCUGGUGGGGGCUCAGUUUCGGCUGCUGUAUCUGCUAUGGGUGCAGCAUUGGGUUGCAUGGUGGGACAGAUGACUUAUGGAAAGCGUCAGUUUGAAUCUCUGGAUGGUGUGAUGAGAGAAUUAAUUCCUCCUUUCUAUCAUGCGCUGGGUGAUUUGCUGGACCUCGUAGAUGCAGAUUCAAAUGCCUUUUCAAGCUAUAUGGCCGCUCUCAAGCUUCCAAAGGGCACAGAAGAACAGCAGCAGAAGCGGUUUGCUGCUCUACAGGAUGGCCUAAAGGAAGCGGUGGGAGUUCCAUUAAGCCUGGCUGAGAAAGUCAACACUUUGUGGAAGCCCUUGCUAGAGCUUUCUAAACACGGCAAUACUGCAUGUAUAUCUGACCUUCAGGUGGCAGCAAAGGCAUUAGAGACUGGAGUGUUUGGGGCUUAUUUUAAUGUCCUUAUCAACCUUCGAGAAAUAAAAGAUGAAGAAUUUAAAAGCCAGACCCACGGGAAAGCUACCCAACUAUUGGAAGAAGCAAAAAAUAAUGUUCAGUCUGUUUUGCUAAUUUGUGAAGGGCGCAACUGAAUUUUCAAAAUAAAUAACUGCUAUUGCACAAUU